AUGGACAAGUUGAAGAGAGACAGGAAAUUUUUACGCUCACAAGCAACAAGAUUGAGGAACGAUAUCGACGAGAAAUUGGAAGCUGCCGGUACAACCGCGCAAGAAAUUGCUAUACUAAGAGAGAAGCUCCAAGAUAUUUCCAGAGAUUUGAAGGCUGUUGACAGCGAGCUCAAGGAUAAAUUCUCUGACGAAGAAUAUGAACGCGAGAUGACUGCCACGACCGAAUACCGCCAUCAGAUUUUGGAGACCAUCACUCGCAUAGAUCUGCGCUCCCAAGUAGUUUCGACGGGCGCGUCGACUUCGGUGGCUUUGAACCCCAGCCCUGUUCCAGCUGCUUCUGUCCAUAGGGACAAUAAGAUAAAGCUGCCAAAAUUAGAGCUCCCGAAGUUCCAUGGCGCCAUAGACGCAUGGCUUCCUUUUUGGACACGUUAUGAAGUUGCAGUACACCACAACAACGCGCUUACCGCCACUGAAAAGUUCUGUUACUUGACGUCUCUGUUAACUGGGAACGCUGCUGAUCUCAUCCGUGGAUUAAAUUUGAAUGAGGGCUGCUAUAACGAGGCAAUUGAACUUCUCAAGAAGGAAUAUGGAUCAUCCACACGCAUAGCUGAUGAGCACAUAAGGAAGCUGACAAACAUGGUCCCAGUCACGGAUCCUGCAGAUAUUUCGAAACUGCGGCAAUUCUAUAAUGAAAUUCAAUCCCGGGCACGAAGCCUUCAGGUUUUGGGCAUAUCAACCGAUGGCUACAGCGCACUACUUAGACCCAUCAUUUUAAGCAAGCUGCCCCAAGACAUGGUCAUUGAACAUCAGGAACGACAAGAAUUUAAUGACAGUACUCGCGGUGCAGAUGUGGCCAGUGGCAGUGCGUUACACCUUUACAGCCAGGACUUCCAGGACCUGAUGGACUACUUGCGAGUAAAAAUAGUGUCCAAGGAACAUGCAUUAGGGUAUACCAGUGAGGAGAAGCACGAAGGGAAACCGAAUAUUCGUAAGGUCAAAACCACCGAUAUGCCAACGGCCUCUGCUCUUUUAAACGCCAACAAUGCACGGACACCAAAUAAUGCAAAUCAUGAAUCGUGUUUAUUUUGCAAGUCAGAUCAACAUCGGACGGUCACUUGCGACAGCGAUAUCCCACUACAGGAGAAGAAGCGCCUAUUAAUUGAAGCAAGAUGCUGUUUAAAAUGUACGAGACGAAAUCACAUUGCUAGUCGCUGUCAGUCGUACAUCAGGUGUCGCAAGUGCAGCCGAAGACACGCUACGAGCCUCUGUGACCCAGACUACAUACGCAAUAGGAGUACCCAGCAAGUACAAGUCAACACUGUUCCGGUCGACCCCCCGGGAGAGGUGGUUUUAGCAGCCUCCGCAGUUCCCUCUAAACAGUCAAGCACGAUAAUUCUAGGCACAAUAAUGGCAUGCGCGAAGGGACCUGAAAACACAUGCUGGGUACGCGUUCUGUUUGACAGCGGUAGCCAACGCCGUUUCAUCACCGAAGAGCUCGCGAAGCAAUUAGGAUGCCGCUCGCACGGAGUCGAAAAAAUCAGCAUAGGGUCGUUCGGUGGAGCAACAGUCACCAAGGCAUUGAGCAAAACUUCGGUCAAGCUGCAAACUACACAGGGCACUGCCGUAGAAAUUGACGUCCUGCAAACGCAGCAAAUAUGCGCCAACGUACUUCCUGUCAUCGGUCAAGAGCAUCUCAAGGGCACUUUCCUACUUGAGGAAGCAUCGAAUGUCACCACGGCAGAUCAAGAACUUCCUAUCUCCAUUCUCAUUGGGACCGAUUGGUACUGGAGACUCGUGCAAGAUGACAUCAGGAGAAUUAAUGAUGAUUUAGUCUGUGUCCCCCACCGAAUUAGGAUGGAGCAAGCUGUAAUGCUCUGUGUCCGGCAAGGCCUGCAACGUCAAUGCAUUAACAACAUUUGGGGUCCAGAGGACGAAGGCGAUUACGACGACAAAACCGCAGGAGAGGUAUUGAACAGGUUUAAUAGUACAAUCGUGAACGUCAACGGAAGGUACGAAGUACGGCUACCUUGGAAAGACGACAUAGACCUUGGAACAAAUGAACGAAACGCACGGAAACGACUUAAAGGUUUGACGGACCGUUUACUUCGUACGCCCGACCUGCUCAAGACUUAUGAUGAUGCUAUCCGCAAAUAUCUAAUUGACGGCGUCGCAGAAAAGGUUCCAGAGAACGAAUACAAUCACGAUCAAGUUGAUAGACCAGUGUACUACUUACCUCACCACGCGGUCAUUCGCACGGACCGCAUUACAACGAAAUGUCGUAUCGUGUUUGACGCUUCCGCUCAUGAAACUCAAGAGAUCAGCUUGAACGAGAAUCUUCACAUCGGACCCAAUAUGAACCCGAAUGUAAGCGUUCUCCUACUGAGAUUUAGACUACAUGCUGUUGCUUUUACUGCCAACAUAGAAAAGGCAUUCCUCCAAAUACUCAUCCACAAAAGAGACCGAGAUGCCCUGCGAUUCCUCUGGUAUCAAGCUAUGCCCACAGGAGUGGACGAUAAGAUGGAAAUAUGGCGAAUGACGAGAGUCACGUUCGGGACUGGUCCUAGCACAUUCCUGUUGGCGGCGACAUUGAAGAAACUGCUGAGAGAGUCCGAAGUAGAGUAUCCGGAAACAACAAGACUGUUGAACGAUUGUACGUAUGUCGAUGAUUUUAUAUCUGGUGCUGACUGCGAGGAAGCCGCUAUCAACGUGUACAACCAGGUGAAGAAUAUAAUGCAGAAGGGAAGCAUGAACAUGCGAAAAUGGGCCUCCAACUCAGCACGGCUGAACGCUUUGUACCUGCAGGACCCGGAGGAAGUCUCGCCCUUCGCUGGAGAUUCCCGCGUGAUAAAGGUUCUGGGAAUGAAGUGGGAUACGGAGCAGGACUCCCUCUUCUACAAUGCUACCAACCUUCUUCAAGGUGGAAGGCCUGCUGUAUGGACGAAGAGGAAGGUGUUGCAGACGGCUCAAAGCAUAUACGACCCGCUAGGUUUGAUGUCACCGUAUACGAUCGCUGCAAGGAUCUACAUGCAAAAAAUGUGGCAACAAAGUCUCACUUGGGAUCAACCUAUUCCGGCGGACCUACAGGAGAGUUGGGAAAGGUGGUAUGAAGACUUACAGUACCUUACCGAGAUCAAGAUCAACAGGUACUACGGCAUGUGGACGACGAAUGUAUCGUUGCAUGUUUUCUGUGACGCAAGUUGCAACGCGUAUGGCGCCGUUGCGUACCUGGUUAUUAAAACAUCGGACUCUGCUUCUUCAAACAUAGUGCUGGCAAAGGCCAGGGUAGCACCAGUCAAGAAGCAGACGCUUCCAAGGUUGGAACUCCAAGCCGCUGUUGUAGCUGUGAAAAUUUCAAGAAUGUUGAUGGACGCAUUCCCAGGCAUCAAACAAGUUUUCUUCUAG